AUGUCUUUUCGUUGCCAGACCCGACUCAGGGUUAUGCUAGGUUUUGUUCUGGCUGUCUUCUUGCUCACAGUGCAUGCUGCUGUUCCUGCUUCCACCUAUGUCGGUCGAGGUACCUCUCCAGAUCCUAAUGAUAACAUCACUGUCGCCGUCAACGUGCCGUCCAACAGCAGCGAUUCCCUAUUCUUCCAUUUUUCCGCUCCCGCAGGCCAAACAUGGGCAGCUUUUGGCUUGGGUGGUCAAAUGAAAGGCGCCUUGAUCUUCGUCACUUAUGCUGCUAAAGAUGGCAAGAACAUCACACUCAGCCCCCGUCUGGGCACUGGCCAUGUCAUGCCUCAACAUACCACGUCUGUCCAAGUUGACGUUUUGGCUGGGAGUGGCAUCGUCAAUGGCUCCUUUGUCAUCAAUGCCAAGUGCACAGGCUGCCGCUCGUGGAGUGGUGGGAGUGUCAAUACUGCCAGCACCAGUCAGAACAUGAUUUGGGCUGUCGGUCCAACAGGAAACUUGCAGAGCAAUGAUGUUGCGGCCUCCAUCAGUCAACAUGAAGGGUAUGAUGUCUUCAACUUGGACUUCAAGUCGGCAACUGGAACGGCUGGCGUUCCUGUCCUGAACUCAUCGUCGACAACCGUUGACGACAGCCCUAUUUCGGGUGGCCAUUUCCAUGGUGGUGGUGGAUUCCAUGGAUUUAUCAUGUGUCUGGCCUUUGCGAUCGUCUUCCCGGCCGGGUAUCUGUUGUUACGCACUAUCCAAAAGGUCUGGGUACAUUGGGCCGUCCAGACAUUUGGUUUGGUGGUGGUGUGCAUUGGUACCGCAGUCGGCAUUGCCGUUAGCAAGAGAGACAACAUUACACCGAGCCUUACCUCCGGCCAUCAAAUUCUCGGACUUAUCAUCUGUGGCUUGGUCCUCAUCACUUGGACUGUGGGAUUCGUUGGACACAGCAUCUACAAGAAAACCGGGUCACCGGCCAGGAUCAUGAUCGGCCAUCGUAUUCUUGGGCCCGGCACGGUAUUCCUGGGGCUUGUCAAUGGCCUGGUAGGGCUUCACUUCGCAGGCAACCACCCUGGCCUUGCCGGCUUCGCAAUUGUAUCGGUUGCUAUAGCCGCCGGCGUUGUCUCUGUGGGAAUUAUCUUUCGUCGUCGAAAAGUGCGAAAGGAGGCCAUGAACACUCCGGCCGCGGUUAACUUUCGGGAGGGUCAGACGGAUCCUGGUCAUACCGCAGAGCAGUACCCUCCGCCUCCGUAUAAUCAUGGUGGCAUCCCGUUGCAAAACUACCGCAACACUGGUCAAGUGUAUGCCUAG